AUGGCGCUUCCGCGGCAACAGGCAACGCUGAUUUCGAGGAGGACUACCAUGAUCGACGCACUGGGUCGGGCAGAGGCGUUCAUUCAAACCUACGACGAACAACGUGACCAGGCGCAGGUGCCCAUUCGCCUGGAAUACCUAAACAGCAUGUGGGCUACUCUGGAAGAGGUGCAGGCGCAGCUGGAGGAUUCCGAAGAAGCUGAGGAAGGUAGGCAAUCCCAUCGUGACGUCCGUGCUUCCUUCGAGCCUCGACUCUUUAAAAUUAAAGCCGAUCUUAUCGCAAAACUUCCUGUUAUUAUUCAAAACGCUCGUAUCCCUGAUUCUGGUCCAAAUGUUUCCGCUCUGUCCGGGUUAAAAUUGCCAACGAUAUCGCUUCCUGAGUUCGAUGGGGACUACAUGCAGUGGCUAGGCUUCCAUGAUACGUUCUUGGCGUUAAUCCACUCUAAUGCCGACGUACCGGCGAUUCAGAAGUUCCAUUAUCUGAGGGCAGCUUUAAAGGGCGAAGCUGCGCAACUGAUCGAGUCCAUCGGGAUUAGUUCAGCCAAUUACAACCUAGCAUGGCAAGCGUUGGUCGAUCGUUAUGCUAACAACUACUUGUUGAAAAAGCGGCAUCUCCAGGCACUCUUCGACAUUCCAUCGGCCAGAAAGGAAACUGCUACUUCACUUCACACCCUGGUGGACGAGUUUCAACGACAACCAACGGGCUCCUGGAGCAGUAUUCUCGAACAUCUUCUGUGUACCAAGCUUCCCGAUGAAACAGUCAAAGCAUGGGAGGAUUAUGCAUCAACCAAUAAUGAUCCGAAUUAUGAGUGUUUAAUCGACUUCCUCCAGCGUCGAAUGCGAGUUUUGGAAUCCAUUCUGGUGAAUCAUCAUCAAAACUCUUUAUCAUCGUUUGGUUCUGUUCAUGCUUCCAAAAGGCCAUCGCCAGGUUGUUUGACCCGCUCGGUCUAA